GUAUGUAUAUACUGCUACAAACUGUGUCCUUUUAACGUGUGGCGGCUCAAGAUAUAUGUUGAGUUCAGCAGCAUACCCAUGAUGAAAACCUUUCUUCUUCUUCUCUUUCAUGCUGCUGCCAUAUACUACUGUCUCAGAGUUCAACUCUACAGUUAAGAUGUCCACAGUUUUGGAGAUUCCAAUUCCAAGCUAUUGUGAAGUUAAGGUACACCGUUCAAUAUGCUUAGAACUUCAUAGACUCAUGGAAAGAAUUUUGCAUGUAAUUUUAGCCAUCGAAUCUGCCAGACCAAAUUAUACGUUAGCGAUGCAGACAUUGUGCUCAUUACACUCCACUUUGGCUAAAGCCAAGUCAGUUAUCAAACAUUGUUCCGAGUGCAGCAAACUCUACCUGGCAAUCACAUCGCAUAAGAUACUUUCAAGAUGUCAAAAAAUAAGAAAUGCUUUUGAGUUGUACUUGGCUCAGAUUCAAAAUGCAGUUCCAAUACCAUUGGCUUCUAAGAUUUCUGCAAUACUACACGACCUUAGGGACAUAGAAUUUUCCCUGGAAUUUGAAGAAGAGGAGGCUAGGAAAGUAGUACUUUCACUACUUGAGAAGAAUUUUCCUGAUUCAGCUUCUAUGGAAAAGGAAGAGCUUGAAGCUAUUCAAGAUGCAACAUCGAGGUUGGAGAUCAAAUCCCCUUUCUCUUUCUUGCUAGAGAAAGCAACUCUUAAGAGGCAACUUGAACAAGUCAAUGGAACAAAUCUAAAGGAGAAGCAGCUUCUAGAAUACCUUUUGUAUCUCUUGAUCAAAUAUAGGAAAUCCAUUUGUCAGAUUCAAGAUGGAAGCCACUCUUCGAAAGAUGAAAGUUUAAACCAAUUAUUUGAGCACAAGUUGGUUGUGGAGGAAGCAAUGAGUGAGAAUCAAGUAAAUGACUCCCUUAACCCAAAAGUUGAAGAUCUAUGAUUAUUCAUAACUUGAGGUUCUCUUGCUUGUACUAUAUUAUUGUCCAUUGUCCAAAGAAAGGUGAUUUUUUACUUGAAAACUAGCAUUUCUAUUUAUUUUGUUAGGACCCUAAUUUAUAGGAAUGAGUUCAUUAAAAACAAAAUGUUGCAAGGGAUCCAAUUGGGAGUAUGCUUAGGAUUUAGGAGAUAGUGAACUGAUGUAGGAAUUCUGAAUUGUAUUAUAGGUUUUGUUUUCUUAUUAGGCAAGGGGCAAUAUAUAUAGUCAUGGGGACCUUAGUUCUCCUUCUCUUGAUGUAAUUAUCUAAUUUCAACCCUUUGAGUUUGCUUUUUAUUCAUUCUCUAUCUGAUUUUUAGAAUUUAGAACUUGACAUUAGAAGCUUUUGUAUGUAGAUUUGUCGGUAAAAUCAGUAACAAAUGGUGGACCAACACUCUUCCCCUUGAAAGGGCUGAACGAUCUUGUAUAACUAGAAUUACUAGAUGAUCUAAAUAAACUGAAAACAGUGCUUGAA